AUGAGGUUCUUCUUCGUCGUGGCAUUCGCCGUGGCCAUGACCACAUCUCUCGCCCUCUCCGUUUCCUCGGCGGAAGCGGACGAGCGGCCGACGGCAGCAGCACCAGCCUCGUUGUCCCGGGGGAUCCACUCCUUGCUCGCGCAGUACAAUCCGACGAGAGGCUCGAUGACCUGCGACAGGUUCCCUAGGGUUUGUCGCGCCAGCGGCAGCCCCGGUCCCGACUGCUGUCGGAGGCAGUGCGUGAACGUGAUGAGCGACAACCAGAACUGCGGGCAGUGCGGGACGAAGUGCCGGUUCGGCCAAGCGUGCUGCGGCGGCCGCUGCGUCAACGUGAUGUACGACCCCAAGAACUGCGGUGGCUGCAAGAAGCGGUGCAAGAAGGGUAGCUUCUGCCAGUACGGGAUGUGCAGCUAUGCUUAG